CCGAACAGGCUGCGCCAGCGGAGCUCAUGCUAGACUUUUGAAAUUGCACACGUGUAGCUGUAAAAAGUCACCCAUCCUUGCUUUUGACAUUUGAGAUAUCUUCUUUUUUUUUUACUUCGUCGGGCCAAGUCUAUUGUGUGAAGCGCUCGUACUUGCAAGAAUAUUCAAAACAUUGAAACCACUCAAAUCCAGGGAUGAAAGUUUUUGGUCGUUAUUUUGUUAGCCAACAUAUGUUGUCAUAUGUAGGCUAGCUGAAGACAAUGUUCAAAAAUAAUUAUCAGGGUGGAGCUGUAGUGGAAGUGUUCAGUGCGCAGGGAAAUAACCCUGUCGCUAAAUGGAAACUUCAGGGAGCUCCAGCUUCUAUAAAGAAAAUUUUUGAUAAAGAAGUGAAAGGAUUUGUUUACUGUGUGGAAGGCAGCAGCCAAACAGUUAAAAUGCUAAUUCCAGAGGACGGCAAAACAACCCUUGGACUCCUUCAACGAUUCCUAGUUCUUCAGGUGAAUAUUCCUGAAUGCAGAGACUUUUCCAUUGAGCUCAUAAUAAGCGAUUCAACACAUCUCAAAAAGAGACUAUAUUUCUCAACGGUGCAUAAAGAAUUCUCCGCUACACCUCUGCAUGCAAGGAUACCUUUUGUCUCACUGAAACAAAACAUUUGGAGCAAUUUGUGCAUCGACCUUGUGUCCUUUACGGCCGAGCUGUUCAAGACGGCUGUCUUUCGGACCCUGGAUAGCAUCGCCGUGUGUGCCAACUGUAAAAUACGGAGGAUCUUCACCAUGAAAACAGAGGCGACAGACACCUCCGACGGUGGUGGCAAAUGUGGUGGUAUGGCAAAUGGAGAUUCCAAAACGCUUCAAUGCAUGCAACACAUGUGUUUAGUCAUCCUAAAUGUUGCACCCCAAACACCAAGCCCAUGUGGACACCAUGAUAGACAUUUGGCGGUUUAUUGUCGGCGCUCACCCUACAGCCUUUUCAGUGAGCUUGGCCUGGGGGAGGUGAUCCCACGUAGCUGCCGGUUCCCACAAGACGUCUGCCACGUGACCCAGGUGUUCAGCAUGGAGGGGGCGCGGCAGACGGCAGCCACUAAACUCCUGAACUCCGACUCUGGUCGACACAGCUCCCCGGCUUCAGCAGGGGGGUCAGCCGUUCCCCGGAAACACUCCUCUGCGUCCCACGUAGCCUUCGGCACCCGGGUCUCGCGGCCCCCUCCUCCACUUCCUCCUCCUCAUCCUCAACAUGCCAGGAAGAGAAGCAGAUCCCGAGAGGAGAUGCACGCGAGGGGCUCCGAACUCAGCCUUCUGCCAAGCCAAGGCCAGGCCGCCAGAGACAUAAGUGUGAGGUUGUCAGACGCCACUCCUUGCGAUACCAAAAACGCCUUUGAGGACGAGGUAACAGGCAGGACGGGCGGCCUGCAGCCCCUCCCCCCACAGGACAGAGCACUUGGCAGACAAAAGCUGCGGCUUCCUACCGCCGGAUGGAAAAAAACCCUGUCGUCAGCCACAGGUACAGGGCCCGCGGCCCGCGCCGUCCUGAGGGGGGAGGCCGGGGAGAGGGCAGGUCGGCCGCCCAGCGAGCCAGGCGGCUCCGGCCAACCUCUGACGCAGGCAGACGAGAUGAGAGGACUUCAAACAGCAGGGUCUGGCUCCUUCGGCAAGAGUGAUGAUGACGAUGAUGAGGGUGACGAAGGGUGCGAGCCCCAGCUCGUUCUCGGAGGGGGGGGGAGGGAGGAAGAGGCGGAGGUGUUCAGGUUCACGUCUCCCCCUCACUCGGCCAGGCGGGGCCAGGGAGGUGUUGACCAGGGGCCGAUGCAGACGAAGCGGGGCCCCGAGCUGCUGAUUGAAACCCGCAGGCGUAAUGGACCCCAACUGGAAGAUGACUUCGUAGGCAGCGAAAGCGAUGAGGAUUCUUUCCCUCGACCUACAGCAGGGCCUGGAUUCAAGGUGGAAAAGGACCAGCUCCACCACAGCCCUCACCCAGCAAACACGCUGCUGCUCCCUCCACCAGUCCCUCCACCCCACCUACACCUGAAAAUUCCCAAACCCCAGCCCGACUCUCCUAUUCCCUCCUGCUCAUCAUCAUCUUCAUCACCAUCAUCAUCAUCGUCAUCAUCAUCGUCUUCGUCACCUGGUGUGAGCGCUGAGCGCCCCAUGAUGUCCCCCGCCCGCUGCCUCUCUCCCGCCUGUGGCAGACGGAGAUGUGGUGGUAACCAUAGAGACGGCGGUAACCAGGGAGAUGGUGGUCACCGGGGACGCGGUGGUAACCAGGGAUGCAGUGUUAACCAGGGACAGGGUGGUAACCAGGGACACAUGACGUCAUCCAUUAUGUCUCCCGCCCGCUGCCUCUCUCCAACCGGUGGCAGACAGGGAAGUGGUGGUAACCAUAGAGACGGCAGUAACCAGGGACACGCUGGUAACCAGGUACACAGUGUCAACCAGGGACCCGGUGUCAACCAGGUACAGGGUGAUAACCAGGGACAGGGUGGUAACCAGGGACAGGGUGGUAACCAGGGACAGGGUGGUAACCAGGGACACGGUGGUAACCAGGGACAGGGUGGUAACCAGGGACGCGGUGGUAACCAGGGACGCGGUGGUAACCACGGAGGCAGUGGUAACCAGGGACACGGUGGUAACCGGGGACACGUUGGUAACCAGGGACAGGGAGGUAACCAGGGACAUGGUGGUAACCAGGGACAGGGUGGUAACCAGGGACGCGGUAGUAACCAGGGAGGCGGUGGUAACCAGGGACACGGUGGUAACCAGGGACACAAUGGUAACCAGGGACAGGGUGGUAACCAGGGACACGGUGGUAACCAGGGACAAGGUGGUAACCAGGGACUCGGUGGUAACCAGAAGCAAGGUGGUAACCAGGGACGCGGUGGUAACCAGGGACGCAGUGGUAACCAGGGACAAGGUGGUAACCAGGGAGGCGGUGGUAACCAGGGAGGCGCUGGUAACCAGGGAGGCACUGGUAACCAGGGAGGCGCUGGUAACCAGGGACAGCUCUGUCCCGUGGGUGAUGGCCAGGCCCAGGAGCACCAGAGGAGCACAGCGUCGCUCUGCAGGAGUUCUCUCCGUGAAGUCCUCCCCGGAGAACUGGUGCAGCACAAGGUUGAAGACAGAAGCCAGGAGCCCGCGGGGAGCGCGAGCGGCGGCGUGCGCCCGCCGGCGGCGAGCCCUCCGCCAGGGCGGGCCGAGGACGAAGAGGAGGAGGAGGAGGAUGAGGAGGACGAGGAGGAGCGGCGCAUGCUGGCCAGUCUGCGCCGGGGGAGCGAGGAGGACGGCGAUGACGGGGAGGAGGGGGGGGCGGGACCCGGGCCCCGGGGCCUCAGUGCCUCCCAGAUCCACCGCUGUGGCGUCAGCAUCAGCAUCAGCAGUGACGACGCCUCCUCCUUCUCCGGCGCCCCCCCUCCUGCGCCUUCGCAGCAGGGCUUCUACUACCAGAAGGAGAUGACCCCCCUCAGGUCCUCAAACCCAAGGGAAUGGAUGGAUGUUAUUAGUCCCCCCAUUUUCCCGGGAAGACGGCACGAGAAGACAGGGAGUGUGCAGCACCAUCACCGCAAUUUAAUCAGAGGACGAGGCUCGGGGGAGGAGGAGGGACAGGAGGAGGAGGAGGAGGAGGACUAUUUGAACUUGCUCUAUGAUCCGUGUCUUAACUGCUACUUUGAUCCAGAGACAGGGAAGUACUAUGAACUUGUCUGACUGGGGAGUUCAAACAGGAUCAAAAAAUACAGAGUACUCAAAGCUAACUGGUCAAUUUUCUGUGUGGUUCUCUGUGCAUGGAUCACAAGCCAAGAUGUAUUUUUUGGUGAGGAAAACAUUCUCACUGUGAUGUUUAAAUGUGUUUUUUACUUAUUGUAUUUUUUUAAUGAAAUCUGGGUUUGAUUAGCCGUGCCCGUGUGUGUAUCUACAGGGCUUCUCUGAAUAACUUGUAGAGAAAAUCGGAAACUAAACUGCUCUGCUUAGUAAAUGAUGCAAAAUAAGGGUUCAGGCGCAUUCCUUUUUUAUUUUUAAAGAAAAACAAUUUUUUAAGGGAGAUGCAGUGUGUUUACCUGCAAUAAGGUUUAUUCAUAUUUAUAUUUAGAAUGUUCUGCCAGACAGUGAAAUCUAGUUUGGAACGCUGUCUGACAGGUUAUUGUGCGUGUGUCUAUAUGAAUAUUCUACACAACCUCAAUCAGCCCAUGCAGUUUGGAUGUAGGGUCUCCUGGUUCUGAUGUUUGACAAACGGGACUAAACAAUACCACAUUGCUUAACACUAGCCACCCACACGUGUAAAGUCAAUACGUACGUGUGCGCAAUGAAGUGCCUGUGGGGUUCUGUAUAGUGCUUCUGGCGUCUUCCUUCACUUGUAAUCGUUGUAUGUGCUGAGACGCACACACUAAACACGAUGGGGAUGGUGUGGUUGGAAGUGCUCCCAAUUUAAAACCACUCUCUCCUUGAUUAAAGAGUAAUGAAGCACUAGAUUCUGCUUAUUUUUUUCUUAAGAACUUCUUAGGAUAGGAUUUUCCAUGGUUUGGCCUUCUUGGAAUUGGCUCAGCGGUUCUGUUGUCUUAUGGUGCGCUGGGUGGAGAUAGAAAGAGUAUUUACUUUAAAUCCUCACAGACACAUUGACUGUGUGGAUCUCUUACUGUAGAUAAUACUGUGCGGUUAAUCACUGGUAAGAGUAUCCCUCGCUGAAAGUCAAGAGGUUGUUGUUUACAUAGCAGUGUAUUUCUCAAUGGAGGCCAUAAUGCCGCCAUGCUUGCUUGUUCAGUAAUAAUUUUCGUUUAAUUUUCUCUAAAAUAAAAUGAUCAACCAUGUAUUCACCAGUGUGAAAUAAUCAUCAAACUGUAUUCACUAGAGAGAAAUUGACAUCCUUAACUGUGAUUGGGUGUCUGUUUUUCUCCAGGGAUAUAAAGAGGGACUGCUGCCAACUGCCGUCUACUUUUUCUCUACGAAACGUGUGAGUUUUUAAUAGAGGCACAAAGCUCAAAACUCACACAUGUAUCUAUUAAUUUAUCUAUCACGACAACAGGGUUUUAUUACAACACUAUUUAUUUACUUGUCUUCAGGUACAUCUUGGAUACCAGAUAUGACACUGCCACUGGUUAAAACAAAUUAAAUUUGUAUUCAUUUUCAUUUAUUUGUUCAUUUGGUUAGAGAUGAGCACAGUUCUGGUUUGCCUUUAGCUAUGGUUUGAGACGGGUCUAAGGGGGAUAGGUAAGGCUCUCCCUUAUUACAAAGUUGUAGGCUAUUCCAACAUUCACUCCCCUCUACUGACAGCAGUUUGUCCAAACAGGAUGCGGCUUUACAGCCCCCUCACUGUGCCCUCUAGUGGUGCACUGCCACUCAGCCCUCUGCUUAAUGAGUCAAGUUAAAGGAUGUGGAGAGCAAGCCCAUGCAGAGCCUCAUACAUAAAACAACCAUUCAUUUUUUAAACAUAUUUUUAAAUUUCUGAAACCUUCCCAGCACCAAGGCUCCCAGUGAGACAACGUCACAGAGUGUGCCAUCCCUUUGGACAGACAAACAAAGACGGACAGACAGACAGAAUUAAAAUUAGACAUGGCGUGCGGCAGGGCGGCGGUCUGGCCUUCCCAGGCUCUGAGCCUAAGCUGCGUCGACGGCGUCUGAACCGCCCCACUGUACUCCCGCUGUUUCCUCGAUAACAGACAACAAUGCGUGGAAGAACGGAGAAGGGACACACUUCACAGAGCGCCCCGGCUAAUUUUAGAAAGCCGCGAUUUUUUUUAUCUGCCAGGGGAGAUGACACGCUGGUGAAGGGUUCAACAUUUAGGCUCUGAAUCUAAAAGCACCAGCCCCCCCCCUACCCGCUGCACUCAGCAGGAGCUGGCUGUACACUCCGUCUCUCUCCGCCUUCACCUCGACUCGCACUUCAAUGAGUCACCCGCUCGUGCACGCUUUCUAAGAGUUCAUGUCUGCGAUGAUGAGGACGUGAACGUUUUUUUA